UCCUUCCUCGGGCGCGACGAGGGCUGCCGUCCCGCGGGGAGGGGAGCGAUGGCGUGUCGGAAGGCCUCCGAAGCUUCCUUCAGCCUGAGCGAUGUACGAGAGCGGAUGCGGGAGAAGAAAAAUGGUGUUCUGAGGACCGCCAAGUUGAAUGCCUCACUUGCGUCAAAAAUCAGAACGAAGAUCAUCAACAACUCCUCCAUUAUUAAAGUUUCCCUAAAGCACAACAAUAAAGCACUGGCACUGGCCCUCAAUGCAGAGAAAGCUAAUGCACAGCGGCUUGCCAAGGAGAAGGUCAUCUUGCAGAUGGAGUUGGAGCAGUGUCACUUCCAGAACGCUUUUCUGCGGAACAAGCUCUGCUUUCUGAGUAAUGUCUUGAAGGAACUUGAAAAUCUUGUGGAGUCAGUUAAGAUGGCUCGGCUUUCUGAGUAUCGUCCAAGUCAUCUGUCCCUGUCUAAUGGCCAGAAGACCAGCAUGACUGAAGAUAGCUGGGCUGAUGAUAUUUCAGAUGGUCAUCUUCUGAGCACUGCAGCAAUGCCACUGAGGGUGCCCAUUUCAAAGCCUGCAGAUUGUAGACAAAGUGGCAGCUCCACGGCAGUACGGAAGUCCUCAUUAGAUCUUCAGAGAUGUGCUCCUGAUAAGCCCCUGGAAACUUUGUCUGUUUCUGAAGAUGCUUUGCCACCACAGUUGGCUGGGAAACUUCAGUCCCACCAGAAAGAAAAUGGGAAGAACAGGAGUGAAAGAGGGGAAGCGCAAGAGGCUUUUCUUGACUCGUGCCUCUUCAGAGAGUCCUUGUGUGCCACUCAACAAAAUCUCAACAGUUCGUCAGCACUUGCCUGGGAAAGUUGUCCACUUCCAUAUGAAGAUGAAAUGGUGAAGCACUUCUGUGAUCGUCUCUCACAAGGGCACGUUACGCAGCGGAGAAAACGUUCCACUUGGUUUGCAACAAGUGCUCAGUCUUCAGGUGUGGAUAUCACCCCACAUGUCAGUUCAACUCGGGCAACCUGGUGUGGUAUUGUGAAGGAUAGCAGCAGUUUCAGUGAAAGCAACACACAGCCACAGCUAAAAUCUCCCAGCUCACUGACUUUACCUACUGAAGCAACUGUUAGUCCCAACAGAAGAUCUUCAAUUAAAGAAGCUUUUUGUGAUCAGCCACAGGCUGAAGAACCUAGGUGUAGCACUGAAGUAGAUUCCAGCUCCGGUGAGGUCAUGGAGUUUGUUCCUGUAAAGAUUAAAAGUAAAGUUAACUGUAAAACUGAUGAGAAAAAGGCUGCUAAAAAAGCAAGUGCAGGAAGAAAGAAAACAAAUAUGAUUAAAACCAGUGCAAAAAAUGGUCCUGAUAUACCUCAAAGUGAAGAGAAUACCCAAAAUGCAAAGAAGCCCAUUUCAUCAGAAGUUGCAGCAUGGCCUAGUGGGUCGGAGGCUUCGGAUCUGGAGCAGGAGGCUUGUGUUGGAGCUUUGGACUUGAAGAACAGAGGCUCUGGUGUGGUGCAAAGUUCGCAUUCUCCUAAUAAUGUCAGAAUCAGAAGAACUUACAUGGUGAACAAGCCACAGCUGAGUAGUCUUGAAAGUGGUGACUUAGUGCAAGUUGAGAAAGAUGGAAUAGUUGAGAUCCAAAGCAUGGAGAGCAGCUUGUUAAAAAGCCCAGUUCAUACUGUCUCAAGUCAUGAAGUUCCCUCAGAUGAUUGCAGUCUGCAAAAUUCAUUUUUGUUGAGGGGUGGGACUUCAAGUGCAUAUGCUUUACAGGAAGACUCAUCAAAUGUGACCACAAAGAGUAUCAGACAGAAAACCAAUAGAAAAACUAGAGUAAUUAGUCAAAUAAAUGACUUUGAGGAGAAUUUGCCGAGCAGCAUGGAAAAAAUACUUGAGGCCAGAGCUGAAGAGCAACGUAAAAACAGCCAGAUAAGGAGGAGGAAGACAGUCACGAAAAGCAGUUGUCAGAAAAAUGAAGGCAAUUUUGACCCAUUUAUAGAUGUUCAAGGAAUAGCUGAAGGUGGCACAAGAGAUUCACUAGUUAAAUGUAGAAAAAGGACUUAUUUUGUCUGUCCUUUGGAUCUUACAGGAAACUUGGGUUCUGUCCAGACAGAUUUUGAAAAGGAUGAAAUGGUGCCAUCUAAGUGUAUUCUAGGGAGCAAAGCUAGCAAAAUUCCCAGAGUUCAGAGGAAGGGAGCUGCUCAGAACAAUAAAAAACAAACAGAGGAUCCUCUAGAAAAGGAGCAAACUAAGGUUCUCAACACUGGUUCUGUGGAAGAAGAAAGCAAUUGCAAACCAAAGCCUCGGAGGAAGAGGAAAACCUCCGUUCCUCCAAAGACCAGUUCUGUAGACAAACAGAGCGAUGAUGCCGGUGUCCUCCAUGAGAGUUCUACAGAACUUGUGUCUAAGCAAACUGUAUUAGUUGAGAAAUCUUCUUGCCCUACCAAUUUGCUGUCUGAGCUGGGUGCCUCCCUGGAAGAGCAGAUAGCUGACAUUUCACUUCCAAAUAAUCUUAUGGACCUGUCGCAGAGCCUUGAGUCCUCCUCUGUGAUCUGUUCUACAGACUUGCCUGUCAGCUGUGGGCUUACAGAUCUACCAGUUUCCAAAAACUCGGAGACCAAAGGUGAAAGAACUCCAGCAAAAUCUUCUCUUUGUCCAGAAAGCUCUCUGCUAUUUAAAGAAAGGAGGGCAGAAGAAGCAUCUAGGGAAAAAAACAAGGUUGUGUCAAGUUUUAAACAUUGUUCCCAGAGUUCAUCUCCGCAGGAACCUGAAAUCAGGCCACUACAGGACUUGACCAAUGCCAGGACUUCAUCUCUUGUCCCCUGCUUGGAAGAAGUAUCAGAACGUGCAUCCAGACGGAGACCAGACCCAGCCUGCUACCGAGAACCAAGUCUCAAGUGCAAACUGAGGCGGGGUGACCCAUUUACAAACAAAGAGUUCCUCCACUCCCCUGUUUACAAAACCAAAAAGAAGAAAAGGCCCAAAACCAAGGAACUGACCAAGAAUAUCAAAGAAGAACAAGUUCCUGUCGGAUGUCCCAGUGCCAACGCAAGCAAACUAACAUCAAUGGGAGACGAGAAGCAAGAAGUGAUGCAGUAGUUGAACAUGUAGCCUGUAAGUUCCUGCUUCUGUGUCUUUACUAGGAUGUCUCUAAUGUUUGGUAUAGCUUUUUUUUUUUUUUUUUAAAAGUGUAAAUAAAG